AUGCAUGGCUUGAAUUUGGAAGCUAUUGCCCUUUUUGAUCAAAUGACACAGAGCGCUUGUGUUGUAUCAGGAAAGCAUGUGCCCAACUCAAUUACAUUCAUUUCCGUUCUAUCAGCAUGUAGUCACUCUGGAAUGGUUGAAGAGGGGAGGAGGAUAUUUAAUUCUAUGAAAGAUUAUGCCGUUUCUUCAAUUGAGGAACACUAUGCCUGCAUGAUAGGUGUCUUAGCUAAGGCUGGUCAAUUUGAUGCAGCAUUGUCCUUUCUAUCAGACAUGCCCAUAAAACCUGGUCCUAAUGAUUGGGGAGCUCUGUCAAGUGCAUGUAGAUUUCAUAAACGUGUUGACCUUGCUGAAGAAACAGCAAAAAUGCUAUCACUUUUAAAACCAAAUGAUAUAUCUUUGCAUGCAUCAUCGUCGAACAUAUAUGUUGAUGGUAGGAUGUGGGAAAUAGGGGAGAUGAUAAUUGCUGAAGAGGGAUUGAAAAAAAGUCUCGGCUUUUCCUUAAUUGAAGUCAAUAAUAAGUUAUGUGUAUUUAAUUUUGGUGACACACUUGCCUUCAAAAGCACAUAUAUGAGGCACACAUGGAAUUCUCUCAGUAGAGAAAUGAGAGAAAAUGUUUUCUUAUGA